GGCGGCCGGGGGGGGGCCGGGGGGCGGGGCGGCCGGACCAGCGAUGCCGGCGGGCAUGACGAAGCAUGGCUCCCGCUCCACCAGCUCGCUGCCGCCGCAGCCCGUGGAGAUCGUGCGCAGCAAGGCCUGCUCGCGCCGCGUGCGCCUCAACGUCGGGGGCCUGGCGCACGAGGUGCUGUGGCGCACGCUGGACCGCCUGCCCCGCACGCGCCUCGGCCGCCUCCGCGACUGCAACACGCACGACUCGCUGCUCGAGGUGUGCGACGACUACAGCCUGGACGACAACGAGUACUUCUUCGACCGCCACCCGGGCGCCUUCACGUCCAUCCUCAACUUCUACCGCACCGGGCGGCUGCACAUGAUGGAGGAGAUGUGCGCGCUCAGCUUCAGCCAGGAGCUCGACUACUGGGGCAUCGACGAGAUCUACCUGGAGUCCUGCUGCCAGGCCCGCUACCACCAGAAGAAGGAGCAGAUGAACGAGGAGCUGAAGCGCGAGGCCGAGACGCUGCGCGAGCGCGAGGGCGAGGAGUUCGACAACACCUGCUGCGCCGAGAAGCGCAAGAAGCUCUGGGACCUGCUGGAGAAGCCCAACUCCUCGGUGGCUGCCAAGAUCCUGGCCAUCAUCUCCAUCAUGUUCAUCGUCCUGUCCACCAUCGCCCUGUCGCUCAACACGCUGCCCGAGCUGCAGAGCCUGGAUGAGUUCGGCCAGAGCACGGACAACCCCCAGCUGGCGCACGUGGAGGCCGUGUGCAUCGCCUGGUUCACCAUGGAGUACCUGCUGCGCUUCCUCUCCUCGCCCAAGAAGUGGAAGUUCUUCAAGGGCCCGCUCAACGCCAUCGACCUGCUGGCCAUCCUGCCCUACUACGUCACCAUCUUCCUCACCGAGUCCAACAAGAGCGUGCUGCAGUUCCAGAACGUGCGGCGCGUGGUGCAGAUCUUCCGCAUCAUGCGCAUCCUGCGCAUCCUGAAGCUGGCGCGCCACUCCACCGGCCUCCAGUCCCUGGGCUUCACCCUGCGCCGGAGCUACAACGAGCUGGGCCUGCUCAUCCUCUUCCUCGCCAUGGGCAUCAUGAUCUUUUCCAGCCUGGUCUUCUUUGCCGAGAAGGACGAGGACGACACCAAGUUCAAGAGCAUCCCCGCCUCCUUCUGGUGGGCCACCAUCACCAUGACGACGGUGGGGUACGGAGACAUCUACCCCAAGACGCUGCUGGGGAAGAUCGUCGGGGGGUUGUGCUGCAUCGCCGGGGUCCUGGUGAUCGCCCUUCCCAUCCCCAUCAUCGUCAACAACUUCUCCGAGUUCUACAAGGAGCAGAAGAGGCAGGAGAAGGCCAUCAAGCGCAGGGAGGCCCUGGAGAGGGCCAAGAGGAACGGCAGCAUCGUGUCCAUGAACAUGAAGGACGCCUUCGCGCGCAGCAUCGAGAUGAUGGACGUCGUGGUGGAGAAGGACGGGGAGGGCGCCGGCAAGAAGGACAAGGUGCAGGACAACCACCUGUCUCCCAAGUGGAAGUGGGCGAAGCGGACGCUGUCCGAAACCAGCUCGAGCAAGUCCUUCGAGACCAAGGAGCAGGGCUCCCCCGAGAAGGCCAGGUCGUCGUCUAGCCCUCAGCACCUCAACGUCCAGCAGCUGGAGGACAUGUACAGCAAGAUGGCCAAGACCCAGUCCCAGCCCAUCCUCAACACCAAGGAGUCGGCGCCCCAGAGCAAACCCAAAGAGGACCUGGAGAUGGAGAGCAUCCCCAGCCCCGUCGCCCCGCUGCCCGCCCGGGCCGAGGGCGUCAUCGACAUGCGCAGUAUGUCCAGCAUCGACAGCUUCAUCAGCUGCGCCACGGACUUCCCCGACGCCACCAGGUUCUCCCACAGCCCCCUGGCGGCCCUCCCCAGCAAGCCGGGGGCCGGGGCGGGCGCCCCGCCGGAGGUGGGCUGGCGGGGAGCCCUGGGGGCCAGCGGGGGCCGCCUGGUGGAGGCCAACGGCACGCCCACCCCCGACGGCAGCCACGGCUCCGGCUUCUUCAUGGAGAGCCCCAGGAGUUCCCUGAAGACCACCAACCCCCUCAAGCUCCGGGCGCUGAAAGUCAACUUCCUGGAGGGGGACCCCAGCCCCCUGCUUCCCAUGCUGGGGGUGUACGAGGACCCCCUCAGGCCCAGGGGGGGCGCUGCGGCUGCCGUGGCCGGCCUGGAGUGUGCCUCGCUCUUGGACAAGCCGGUUCCCAACCCCGAAUCCUCCAUCUUCACGACGGCGAGCGCUAGGACUCCGUCCCGGUCGCCGGAGAAGCCCGCCGCCGCCGCCGCCGCCGGCGCGUUCAGCUUCGAGGCGGGCGUCCACCAGUUCAUCGACGCCGACACGGACGACGAGGGCCAGCUGCUGUACAGCGUGGACUCCAGCCCCCCCAAGAGCCUCCGCGGCAGCGCCAGCCCCGCCGCCGGCGCCCCGGCCAGGGCGGAAAAGAACCACUUCGAGGGCGCCCCGGGGCCCCCCUCGCCUCCGUUCCUGCGGCAGAACUGCAUCUACCCCCCCGAGGUGUUGACUGGCAAGGGCCCCGGCGGCCCCGAGAAGGGCAAACUGGAGAAUCACAUCUCCCCCGAUGUCCGCCGGCUGCGGGACCCCAGCUCCGUGGUUCCUCGUGUCUCGGUGUUGGUCUUCCUGUCGUGGGGUGACGGCCUCACGGCGUCCUCCACCCCUCGCGGUCCGACGGUGCCGCGUGGCGAGCGGCAGCACCGACGGCCCGCCUGCCUGUCCGACCCCGGAAUGUCGUCCUCCGGAUCCAGUGUUCGUGACGCUGUCCCAGACCACGCGUGGGCCUGCCUGUCCGCAGAGAGUGACACAGACGCGUCUUCCCGAGGGAGCCGUGGCCCGGGCUGGCUUCGCCAGUGCUUCCUGGAAGUCGUUGCUGGUCCGCCCAGUACCCUUCACCCUCCGGGGGCUGAGGGGCUGAGCUUUCUCCUGCCCAGAGAUCUUGGAACCAAAAGCUUCACGCAAGCUCGCUUGCCCUGGCAUCUCAGCUCCGGAGCCUCCGAGCGCCGCCCCUCGCCCAGCCCCCCGCCGGUCAAGGAGGGACGCCACCGAGCCUGCCAUCUCGUGACCCCCUUCCCGUCCACCCGUCUGGGUCUACCACGCAGGAGAUGCCUGGCCAGGCUGCUGGGAAUGUUCCAGCUUGUGCCUGUGAAAGCCUUGGAGAGUUGCCUGCAGGAGGAGAAGGCAGUGUGGCCUGUGGUCUCCCGCAGGCAGAGUCCACCUCUCGGGAAGGACUCCCCCCCAUCAGCCGGGCUGUCUGCCACCUGCCGCCUGUCAGCGGAGGGGCUGAGUCAAGAGACUCGAGCGGAAUCAGGACCCCAAACCCAGUGGCUGCCCCCACCUUGA